AUGCUCGUGCAAAUCGCGUUUGCCGCUCUCGUUGGUGUAGCACAUUGCCGCAACAAGCAGCAUCCAAUCCUUUUGCGGCCGGAAGGAAUUGAGCAGCCACUAAUUGGGUUCGGCACAUGGAACCUAAAAGAGAGCCCAGAAAAUACCACAAAUGCUGUUGCAUUCGCAAUCGAGAAGGGUUACAAGCAGAUUGACUGUGCAGCUGCUUAUGGCAAUGAAGAAGCCGUCGGCAAGGGCAUACACAAGGGAUUGAAGAAAGCUGGUCUAAAGAGGGAGGAGAUCUGGGUCACAAGCAAACUAUGGAACGAUCAUCAUGCACCGGACCGCGUAGAAGCUGGCCUUGAUAAGACUCUGAAAGACCUCGGUCUCGAUUACCUAGAUCUCUACCUUAUGCACUGGCCCGUCGGCAAAGGUCUAGACGAUAAGAUGUACCACUACGACUACGUCGACACAUGGAAGUCCAUGGCUGAGCUACUCAAGAGCGGCAGAGUCCGCCGCAUCGGCAUCUGCAACUUCUCGCCUGCGCAGCUGAAGGAGUUGGUCAAGCACAGCUUGAAAGGCGAUUCACCUCUCCCUGCGGUCCACCAAAUGGAACUACAUCCGUACCUCCCGCAGGCGAAAUGGAUCUAUGCCCACAAAGCACAUGGCAUCGCGGUCACAGCUUACUCGCCGCUGGGAAACAUGAAUCCUACAUACGGUGACCGCUUGCGGCGUUCGGUAACCACGCAGUCCAAGGGUCCACUGCUGCUCGAGAACAAAGUUAUCAAGAGCAUUGCGAAGAAACGAGAGUGUACUCCCGCACAGGUCGUUCUGAAGUGGGGUGUUAGCCGCGGCACGAGCGUUAUCCCAAAAAGUAAACACGAGAAGUAUAUCGAGGAGAACCUUGGAGCAACAGGGUGUGGUCUUGGAACGGAUGAUCUCGCCGAUAUCGACGAAUUAGGGGAGGAGCCGGUAAGAUUUAAUAACCCGAGUGACGGAUGGGGUGUGCAUUUGUUCGAUGGCUUGGACGACGCGUAG